AUGACUAGAGACACUCCUGCAGAUGGUCCUGAGCUCAUCCUGCAGUCUCACAGCAAGGAGAGAACACCAACUGCCCGGCGUGCCAUUUGUCUUGCUUGGGUGCUCUUUACUCUUCCAGCCACUAUUGUCACUAUCCCUGCAGUAAUGAGACCCUGGAAGCUCUGCAUAGACUUUCUGUGGUGUGCCGUGAUCCUCACACCAUUUCCAGGGGCUCAGCAGGAGCAAGAGUUUCUGAGGAUUUGGCCCAGAAAGCCUGUGGUGGAAUUUGGAGGCUCCAUUGUAUUAAACUGCAGUGCCAGUUGCAAUAACAUUGGCCUGGAGACCAGCUUAAACAAUGUUCCAGCAGGGGACGGUCCUACUUGGAGAGCUUUCAGCCUCACCAGCGUCCGCAGCUGGGAACCAAAAGCAUUGUGUUAUGCUUCAUGUCAAAGUAGUACACAUCAGGAAGCAGCCAUCACCGUUUACCGAGCUCCGGAGCGCAUAGUGUUGGAUCCGCUGCCAGAGGUGGAGGUGGGUAAGGAGUAUAAUGUGACUUGUCGAGUUUUCGACGUUGCCCCCAUCCGGAACCUCACCGUGACCUUGUUUAAAGGGAAGAAAAGGCUGUAUGUGGAGACCUUUGAGGACCGCAGGAAUCCUGAAGCCGACAAUGUUGUGGUGACAAGCAGCAGCAUCACCGCUCAGCAGAAUGACCAUGGAAAGGAAGUCACCUGCCACGCAGCUCUGGACCUGAGGCCGGAAGGGCCCUUCUUGGAAAAGGCUUCCCUCAGCAAAUUGCUGCAGACUGUUGACCCUCCAGAGCAGGUGAUCAUGGAGCUCCAGAAGUCUUCCACAGGCCACAGCUGGCACUAUAACCUGAAAUGCCACAUUGUAAGAGUAGCCCCCCUCAGCAAGCUCACAGUGACCUUCUUCAAGGGGGCAGAGAGGCUACAUUCGCAGAAACUCUGGAACUAUACCAGGCCUGAGCGUGCCAACGUUACAGUCACCCACCCCAUCACCCUGGGACCGUGGGACCAUGGGAAGGCGGCAACCUGUCAUGUGACGCUGGAUUUCAGCCCCCACAAAAAGCCCUUCACUGCUGCAUCCCACAAGGUGGCACUCAGGACAACUGAAUCCUGCACAGCUAUAAUUGUAGCUGCUUCUUCUAUAUCCAUGCUAUCUCUCCUGCUGGUGGGCAUUCUCAUCUACUGUCUGGUCUGGGUGUGUCCAGCUUCCAAAUAGAACCCAGGAGGCCAGAACAAACGUCAAGCUAAAUAAGUCAAAAAAGCUUUG